UUUUUCUUCUUGUGUAGGCAUUUGUGUGUUCCACGUCUUUUCUGAUUCCCAUUUAUGAAUAUUCCACUUCCAACCCACUCAAAUGGAAUAUUUCACAUUCCGAAAGACAAAAGAUGUGACAUUUUAUCACCGAUAAUUUCUUUCCCUCGUUUCAAAAGCUAGAAAAAUUCGAUUUAAAUAUAGCACUUAUUUCAUCCCACAUUUCUCAAACUUGCAGAUUUGACUUUACCUGUCACUUGAAAUGAUAGUACAGGAGAUUUUGAGAGUGGUCUGACUUUGUCUUUUUUUUUCCUUUGAUACAUCCGUCCGCCCAUCUGUGGGCUUUGUGAGUGAUGUUUAUCUUUCACUCUCACUGUGGGUCUUGCUCUCACUGCGUUGCACUGGGUCUUCUUGCACCUCUCUGGAUGUGCAGUCGUCAUCUCUGAAGUGGCCAGAGACGGUGUGUGCGCGCACAUGGCUACGGGUAAAGUGUCGUAUCCUUCAGUAUUCGUGGUGGACAGUAAAAUGAAGCCCCCUCCGCUGCCCCCCAAGCCGGGCCGUAGACAGCGUAAGGAUGUGAUCCAGACUCUUCUGGUGAUCCUGGUUUGUGUGGCUCUGUGUGGCAUGGCUGUGGAGGCCUGCUUCAUCUACCAUCUGUUCACAUCAAAAGAAAACUCUACACUUCCAGCUGAACCACAGAUUGGCAUGAGGAAACAAGAGAAAGAACAUGCUCUAACGCCCAAACAAAAACCGCUUGGAGAAAUGAAGCCCUCAAAACCAAUGGCACAACUGACAACUGGCCAGGAACCUGUAAAUGGAGUCGUGCUGUGGCAUGAGCAUCAUCAGUCCAUUCUUUACCAUGUCAAACACAAAGCAAAUGAGGGCAAACUCAUCAUAGAGAAAGAAGGAUAUUAUUCCAUCUACUCUAAGAUCAACUUCAAGGAGGACAAGAUCGUAUUCAGCCACUCUGUAGUCUGGGAAACACAUCGAUAUGCAGGGAACGAGAUUCUGCUUCUUCAGUCCUCCAGGUUCCGUCCUAAACCCACCGGGUCCAGGACCAUCGAUAACAGCUUCCUAAGUGGGGUGUUUCAUCUGUACAAAGGAGACGCUGUCUUUGUCAGGGUGAAAAACUGUACACUGGUGUUGUCCAAUGCUGCUGAGAACUACUUUGGUGUGUUCAUGGUUUAGAUGGAUUCUGCAGUCAGACUGUUUACAUCUGAGUAAUGUGCGAGUUCACAGCUAGAUCUGAUGGAAGACUAAACUAUUAAUAAUCACAAUACUUAGUCCUCCUUUAAAUCUGUACCUUUCAAGUAAAAAAACUGAAAAACUGAAAACAAACUAGACACUUAAAUAAGAAGGAAUCAAACUUUUUCUUGUUCUUUUAAGAUAAGACGUUCAUUGUAUAGGAUAGAUAUACAGGACAGGAUAUCUCUCUCUCUCUCUCUCUCUCUCUCUCUCUAUAUAUAUAUAAAAGUAUAUAUACACAGUAUAUACCUUGUAAUGUUUAAUAAUUUUAAUAAAAUAAUAAUAAUUUUUUGAAGUGGUAAAUCAACCAAAGAAAUCAAAUCAAAAUAUCAUUUUCACACUUAAUUCUUUAUUUUACUUGUUUCUUUGUGAGUUAUUUCUGAAAUGUACUUACUAGUUUCAAUAUCUAUGUAUACUGUAUACUAUAGUGCGGCCAAACGUUAAAUCGCAUCCAAAAUAUAAGUUUUUGUUUGCAUAAUAUGUGUGUGUUCUGUGUAACGUAUUUUCCGGACUAUAAGUCACACUUUUUUUCAUAGUUUGGCUGGUCCUGUGACUUAUAGUCAGGUGCGACUUAUUUAUCAAAAUUAAUUUGACAUGAACCAAGAGAAAUUAACCAAGAAAAAAAAACUUUACCGUCUACAGCCGCCAGAGGGCGCUCUAUGCUGCUCAGUUCUCCUGUAGUCUACACUGAAGACAUAGAGCGCCCUCUCGUGGCUGUAGACGGUAAUGUUUUCUCUUGGUUCUAAAUAAAUGCGACUUAUAGUCCAGUGCGACUUAUAUAUGUUUUUUUCCUCAUCAUGACGUAUUUUUGGUCUGAUGCGACUUAUACUCAGGUGCGACUUAUAGUCUGAAAAAUACGGUAUAUUUAUCAUGUAUAUAUAAAUACACACACAUACAGUAUAUAUUUUGAAAAUAUUGUAUUUACAUGUAUAUGCUUACAUUCAUAUAAUUUAAAUUAUAUAAAAUAUAUUUAAUAUAUAUAUAUAUAUAUAUAUAAAUUCUAAAAUAUAUACACACAUUAUAUACAUUAUAAAUAUACAUUACACUCUUACACCUUUUAUUUUGGAUGUGAUUUAUCAUUUGACAGCACUAAUAUCUGUAUAUAUAUAACAUCCUUCAUUUUAAUUUGAUCUUUACAGUCUGUGUGGCAUAUUUAGCAUAAAUUGUUUUGUGAGGAACAGGUGUCUGAAUUAAUAAUCAUAAAAACUGUUGUGGGAGAUGAACAUGAAUGUUUCAUUGCAUCAGGAUAUAAAAUAAUACUGCUGCAAUCUAUUGCAUCUACUUUUGUAUGUUGCUUUGCACAUCUUAAAUAUUAUAAUUUACUUUUGUAUUAUUAUUCUUUUAUUUAAUUAAAUUAUAUGUAUUUUUGAAGAUAUUUCUCACAUACAGUGGGAACCAAAAGAUUGAUUGUAUUUUUUUUUUUUUUUUUUUUUGCAAUUAAACAGAGUCAUUGAGAGA